AUGUCACUAGUGCUGAUAAAACCAUUUGGCUUGUCAGCUUCUCCCCGUCUCCAAGUCGGCGCGCCGCUCGUCUCGCUCUUCACGCACGUCCCGUUCGAGCCGUUCGACCCGCCGUUCAGCGUCGCGAUCGGCUUCGACGCGUCGCUCAAAGUCUUCCAAAUCGCGCCGUUCUUCGAAGUCGAGCUGACCGUCGACAAACCCCAGAAACACAUUGAGCUGCACAGCGCAGGGCUCGACCUCAUCGCCGCUACCCUCAUCCAUGGCAAAACGGACACCAAGCACCGUCGCCUCACCAUCCGUGCCAACGACACUCUGAGCAGGGUUGCCCUCUCCGACGGCUUCGACAUCGAUACGGGCGUCUAUGUGCUGCAGAUAGUGUACAGUGGAAUGUUGAGUCGAUCGAUGCAUGGCCUGUAUCGAUCUGCCUCACUCUACGAUCCAUCCCGAAAUGGGGAAAGUCGACGGAUCGCGGUUCAGGAUACGGUGGCACACGAGAUUGGACAUCAGGACACACCGGGCAUCCAGAAAUUCCGUAAAGUCUGGGGUGAAGGGGACUACGCGGCACCGCUGAAGCCGAUUGUCGUUGGGAAGGCGGCACCCGGGGAUAGGGACUACAACAAGGUCCCCUCCACCUACUACGACAUCCUCGACAUGUUCAGCUACCUUGUCUACCCAAAAGCAGCCUACGGUGUCUACACCAUGUUCACCACCCUGGGCGAGAAGCGCUUCAGCAACAUGAUCAAGGGAUACCUCGAAAAGCAUGCCUAUGGCUUGAGUAUCACGGCUGAUAUCUGGGAUGAGGAUCCGAUCAAGGACCAGUUGUGGCAAUUGGCAAGGGAUGCAAGCCGCGAUCAUAACUACAAGCGUGGCCAUCCCCGUAUCACCGUUGCCCGUGUCCCCGGCACCUCCAACAAGUACGCCAUCACCACCCAACGCCACUACCUCUCCGACGAUACCAAGCUGGGCGAUGCACAAAAUGAUAUCUGGCGAAUCCCUAUCGAAUACCGCGAACAACCCGACGACAUCAUGGCGUUCAUCCCCGGCGAUGGAAGCCCCCUCAUCAUCGAGUCGUCCGAGCUGCCGUUCAUCAACCACAACCAGCUCGUGUUCGCCAGGGUCAACUACGGAGAGCUGUGGCCUGAAGUGCUGAAAACGAUUCAGACAGCUGGUCUAACCGGUCUGACCCGUUCGUUCAUCUACGAAGACCUGUUCACCCUUCCCCGUGAUGGUGUCAUCCCCUACACGACCGUCGUCUCCUUCCUCAACCGCCUCGAUCAAGAGCUAUUUAAUGCGAGCGAUUACUACAACUCGUUGAUCGCCAAGGCCAAAGCCGACGGGGAGGCCAAAAACCCUGGCGGCAGACUGUUAAAGACGGCUUCGACAGCCACCGCCGAGUUGUACCUCACCGAGAUGGAGAAGAUCAACGCCUUCAACGAGGAGCUGAGGGAGCAGCAGCAGAUGCGGCUCCUUGGGCGUGAGACGCGCGCUGCUAACGACCCGGAAUGGCGUCGUUUUGAGAGGGAUGUGAUGACGGCUUGCCCCCGGAAGGAGCAGAUGACCAGCAAGUGCAGCAGGUACGACUGGGCUGCCCGGAAUGACGGAUAUCCCAAUGCCAUCCGGAGUGCCACGGGAAAACGCGCCGAACGCAUCGCGGAAUUCAUCUGGAAGAAGUUGCAGAUUGAGACCGACCCCGACGAGCAAUACUACCUAAAUCGUGCCCUCCUCUACGCCCCCAACUGGAAAUGGGCCGAGCGCAUGCUCGACAACCUGAUCAACAACACCGGGAUGGCACGCCUACAGAAUACACAGUGGCUGGCAUCAGCUGUCGGAUGGAGAGACGAGGCAUUCAAAUAUCUAUACCACAAUAUUGGAUCUAUCCAUCAGAGGCUGAGCUACGCACCGGACGAGCGGAAAAACCUGGUGACCGGGAUUCUCGGCCAGCUUGGCGGUCCGGACGCCCUGACAAAGCUGACGAUGAUGCGCCAACACCCCGAACUGCCCGAAGACCUUCGCCCGCUGCCAUUCUGGGAGGCACUCGCCGAGCAGCACCGCCUCAACCUCGAAUGGUCACAGAGAUAUGCGUACGACGUGCUCGAGCUGUUCGCCCAGCUGCCGCGGAUGAACACGCCG